AUGGGGCCCCCGGGCAAUAGGGGAUCAUGGGGCCCCUGUGUCCUCACCCACACUCAAACCACACCCAAAAAAGCCUCUUGGCUGCAAGGACCAUAAAAGGAAUCAAAGUCCAAAGCCAAUAUAGUUACAGUUGGAGGGUGGAAUGAUGUCACAUGACCAGGGGUGGACUGACAACUCAUGGGGCCCCCGGGCAAUAGGGGAUCAUGGGGCCCCUGUGUCCUUGCCCAAACUCAAAAAAGCCUAUGAAAAAGGUACCAGGGGCAUCUCAUGGGGCCCCCUACUGACCCCGGGCCCUCAGGCAGUGCCCAAGUUUCCAAAUGGCCAGUCCACCCCUGCA